AUGAAUUUUCUGCCGAGUUUUUACAAGUUCGUCCUUGGCUUGCUAUUCCUCGCUAAACUGGUCUUCUCAAAGAAAUAUGGCAUCGUGGAAAUCACCUCACAAAAUUAUCAGGAUAUGGUGAUCGACGGAGAAAAAGAUGCUUGGAUUGUGGCGGUGAAAGGGGCUGGCAAAAUAUCACGUACUGAAUGGCAAGACUUGGAAGUAAAUCUUCGAGGAUUAUUUGUGAGAGUAGGAAUUAUUGAUCCUGAGAAAGAUGGAGCUUUCAUGAAGAAAAAGGUAAAUUCAUUAUUUAAAUUUCUUUUGCAAAUACUUUUAGUUGAAGUUUUCUUUACAGCAGCUUUCUUUAUUGCUUUGCGGCAUUUAUAUUUUCCCGAGGUUUAUGAAUUGUUUUUUGCUUGCCUCCUUAAGGAGCAAAGGGAGACCGUAAACUGCCGUCUCUUUUUCAGAACCUCAUUAAUCCUUGUCCAGCUGACGAAAGGAUGGCGGCCCUUGGGAACAAGUUUCCUUGAGGGGUUGCGCGUGAGAUAUGGGUCGGAGUUCUGUCGAAUUGCACUAUGGGAUUGUUUUGGGGGCUCCAUUGUUUCUUUUAUUGGAUAUCACUAAGCUGCGCGGGAAACUGGGUCAGAAAUCGUUCCGUAAAACAGUCCCAUAGUGCAGUUCGACACCACACCAACCCAGUCACGCGCCACUUGAAAAUAGCCGAUGAUGUAAUACGUAGAGUGAUUUUACUUGAAUCGUGGAACAGAUACUAACAAAUAGUGCAAAAUAAUUACGAGAGGUAAACAAAAAAAGAUAAUAGAAUAAGUACAUAAUAGUGCGUUGUAUUCUACUGCCUAUUUCACGGUUCUAGUAAAAUCACUCUAAGAAACUUGUCACCGGGAUAAUAGUCAAGAAAAGAGAGAAAACUUAACGUACUGCAAAGAUUUUAUGGCAUACAAAGUUAUUUCUCUUGUCAGUAGGAUAUUAAAACAAAAAGUUUUUUUUUCUUUUAGUUUAUAGUUUAUUUCAGUAGCCUUUAUCGCCUAUACUGAUAUCAAUUGAACUGAUUUUCUUUUUAUUCCCAGGGCUUUCUUCAGAAGGACAAAAAAUAUCCAGUUGCCCGAAUAUUUCCAUAUGGUGGGUACAAAAUUAAAGCAGCUGAACAACAAGACGUGAACUCCCUGAAAGAGGCUGAAAAAAUUGCACUAGAAAGCCUUCCAGACGAAACAAUGAAGGUCAAAAACAUGGACGAACUUCAACUGUAUGUAAGACGAGCUUACUCAGCCAAACCUCUGAAAAUGCCAGUACUAUUGGUGACAGGUACAUCAAGCAUCUUUUCGUCCUUUAUUUCUCGUUAUUAGAUUAGAACUGAAUCUCCUUACAGACGUAAGAAUAAAAAUUCAAGGUCAAGCAACAACAUCUGUCUGUGGGAAAACAAAUAGAUGAUGUUUGCAGAAAAAUGAACUCGGCAGCUUUCUCGGAUAACUUGUUGCAUAUCGGCGUACUCAUCACUCUAUCACACGUAAAGUUGUCGAAGAUAUGAGUUACUGGCAACAACUAACAAUUCUGCCCCGGGGGGGGGGGGAGGGCCUCCCAAUCAUAGCCCUUACGGGCAAUCUCGGCCCACAACAGACACCCUUUUAUCGGUUUGGGCUUAUGAUAGGGGAGGGUUUUCACUAGGAUAGAUGCGUUGUAAGAAAGGGUAAGCUAAUAAGCAAUCCCGAAGGUACCAAUGUAAACACAUGGGAAGAGAGAAUGAGCAAGUGGUUAAUAGAAGGUAUAAGAAAGGAACGUUUCUGUACAAAAAGGUUUAUGGGGGGGUAUUUAGGGGGUACGGGGUGGACCUCAGGGCCGAGUUCCCCCCCCCCCCCGAAUGAAACUUUGUUAAGUACCCCCGGGGUUCAGCCUUAGAGUAUUCAGUCAUAAGGAAUAAAAGGAAAACAAAAAACAGAAUCAUCAUGAAACUGAUAUUCUCUCAUCUUUCCUUCUUCCAGAAAAACGAGUUACUUCACCUCUCUUACGCGCUAUCACUCUGAGGUAUUCCAAGUUCUUUACUUUCGGCGUGAUGCGAAAGCCUAGCCAGGACAUACUGCGGAGCUUCCACAUAGAAAAACUACCAACAAUUCUGGUGAUGAUUGCUACCGAAAGUCCUGACAAAGCGCGGAUCACAUUCAGCUCUGUAUUUUAUGAUACAAAGCUUUAUGGUGGGAUCUCUUACCUUAACUUGACGAAAUUUUUCUAUUCCGUUCAUAAUAAGCAUUGGGGAGACCAUCCCGAUGCGAAGAAAUACAAAGGAAAAGUGGGGCUAAAGGAAUUUUACGUUGAGGACCUCAAAGAAAUUUUAGCAAAGGAUGAACAGAGAGAUGAUACUUUGGAUGAGAAACGAGAAGUUGAAGUUACAUACGAGAAUCAUAAACGAGUGUGUGCUGACUCCGCACUAGGAUUGUGUUUGAUAUAUUUUGUGGAUGCUAAGGAAAAGAACGGGGUUAAGAAGGCUAUGAGACUCUUUAAAGACCUGCAGAAAAUGCCGAGUCUUGAAGGUAACGCGGCUUAUUUUAUACUGUAGUAACAUAGAAAAAAGACGAAGAGGAUUCUGGUCGUAGUAGUAAAAUGACGCCAGGGGGCAAAUGGCCUUAGUCAAGUAGAGAUGCUAUAAUUUCUUUUAAAAUAGUCACAGAAAUGAGAUCAUAUUUCUAACUCUUUUGCCUGAAAGAGGCGUGAUUUCCAAUGGGAACUACUAUAUUAAAGGGGAGGGGGGGGGGGGAUGAUCGUUGGACACAUGCAAUAGAAUCAAAAAGGCUUAGUCACGCUAUUCGCUUUUCUUUUUAACACGCUAAAACGGGUCUUUGCAUUAAUUAAAUUCCCAAAAUAAUGGUACAAUUUUGACAUUUAAGAUUAGACGGUUCCAGGCUCUCAGAUAUUAGGAAUGACGCUAAAGUGUAAGGUACGCAAAAAUAUAAGCACGUGAUCUAGGAAAAGGGGGCGUUUUCUCCCCAGUUUCUUUCCGUUUUAUUUUCGUGUUCGGGCUUUCUCAAUUUCGAGGACCCAACAAUCUCGGAGCCCUGAACAAGCUAUUUAAGAUUGGAUUGAUACUUGAAAAAAAAUAAUUUUAAUACUAUUCCUGCAAAAAUCGCAAAAAAUAUAAUAGUUAGUUCUCCCCAAUAAAUGUGUUAUAUAUGAUCUUCUUCAUAACUCUCACUGCAGGAGCCUUUUGUGUACGUGUAAAGGCGCUAAGGAAUGAAUUCAGCACAGAAUUGGCCUACAAAGAGCGAUAUCCAGCGCUGGAUACAGACCUCAAAAUAAGGGGCGGGGAUCUAAACCCUUAGAUAAGGGGGCGCCGGGUCUCCAAAAAUUUGUUUUCGGCCCUUCGGGCCUCAGUUUGGUCUAAAAACAGAGGGGAGGAGCCCGGCUUCCCCGGGCCCCUCCCCUAGAUCCGCCACUGAUAUCCUCGUGACAUAAUAGCCCCUUUCAUUCCAAAGAGAGGGGACCACCUCUUUUAUAUGUUAUAGUUUUAUUUCAUCGACUUUUCUUCCCCUUUAGGAAAACCUCUUCAUUAUCUCUGGGUGAACGCUUCGUGCCAUCCUGAAUAUGGCGAAAUCUUCGGCAUCUCUGAAGACAACCUUCCAGCGUUGUUAUUUGCAAAACCAAAACAACGGCUGUUUAAAACAAUGCAUGGUGAUCUCACUAAAGAGCGUGUUAGUGACGUUGUCUCAGAAAUUUUUCUGGGCCGGGAGAAUUUAUCGCCUUUUUCUCGAUUUAAUGAAAUGCUGCCGGUUGACUGUCAGAAAACAACCACGUCGGAAGAAACGGAUGAAAAGAGAACUAAAGCUAAGGACAAGAAAAAGUAA